AUCAUUUUUAUGCUACGCCAAAGUUUUUGUAGCUCCAGUAAAAAAUCCACGUAGUCAAAGCGUUUCGCGAUUCAAUAACAGGUACCUAACCUAACCUACUAACUAAUACAAUGGAUCGAUUGGUAUAAUUUUGACUUCUUAUGUAUCGUGUGACCCGAGCACGUCCAGGCCUACGAUGGCCUAGGCAUCAGUUACGAUCUUCAAAAAGAUCUUAUGUAACCGAUGUCGAUGUAGAUAAGGCAAGACAAUAUUGUGUCGCGCAGCUGAGACAGUCUGACUAUAAUUCUUACUUGAUUCGGAAUAUACUACCCAAACACCGCCAGGAUGCUUAUGAUGCCUUGCGAGCUUUUAAUCUUGAGCUGGUCCGGCUUCCAGAGCUUGUAUCAAACCCCACCAUUGGUUUGAUGAGGAUGCAAUUCUGGCGAGAUGCUGUCAAUGACACUUUCGCCGGCAAGCCUCCAAAAGAGCCUAUUAUGACCUUACUUUACAAGGUCAUAACGGAUCUCGAGGAGAUGGGUGGCAAUCCAAGCUCUAUCAAGUUCUGGCUGUUACGUCUGAUUAAUACUCGAGAGCAAUAUAUGGAUAAUAGACCGUUCACCAGUCUAUCUUCGUUGGAGGAGUAUGCGGAGAAUACUUACUCAACCCUGAUGUAUUCAAAUCUAGCAGCACUCUCUAUUAAUUCGAUGCACAUGGACCAUCUAGCUAGUCACAUUGGAAAAGCAUGUGGUAUUGUGGCUAUCCUUCGAGGUGUCCCCUUUUUAGCAGCCCCUUCACCGCCUGUUAAAUCACCCGAUGGCGCCAGUGUCGGCAGCGGUAGGAACCCAGUUUUGUUGCUACCGCUAGACGUCAUGGCAGAGACGGGUCUAAAGGAGGAAGAUGUCUACCGAAACGGUCCUCGUGCUGAAGGUUUCCAAGAUGCUAUCUUCAAAGUCGCGACCCGGGCAAACGAUCACCUCAUCACCGCAAGAGAGAUGUUGAAAAACCUUAACGCAGGGCAAAGUCCCGGCCAUGAAUAUGAGCACCACGGCGAAGAGCAACACGAAUACCCGUUAGGCUCCCAUGGAGAUGAAGACACAAAGCGAGACCUCCGACGGGGGUUUAAUGUCCUGUUGGAAAGCAUUCCAGCUAACGAUUACCUGAUGCGGCUUGAAGCCAAGAAUUUCGACCCCUUUACGGUAACCAGUAGUUGGAAACUCCCAUGGCGAUUAUGGAGAGCAAUGAAAACGAAGCAGAUCUAAGAUUCACUGCGCUAGUUACAAAUCUUGUGUGGAUAAUAUAACCGAUCACUUACAAGCGCUUUCCUGUAUUUAUAGAUAAUCUCGUCGAGUGUUCCACGACUCUUAACAUGGCCACCGCUAUUACUGGUACUUGGCAGGUCCGAAUAUCAAAUGUCACGAAAUACCAACUAUGAUGAAAAGAGAAGUUCGUAUGGGUUCCUCGUUUCCUAUAACAGUUUAGAUUAUAAAUAAAUCCUGAAGACGAUUGCUGUAUAUAUGUCCAAUAGGAGCAUUGGUGAUCCUUAACCUUGUGAGUGCACGGUCACUGUC